AAAAGCACCACAGAGUCGAUGAAAGCAAGGUAGCAGUACCUCUGUGGCCUGCCCGACGCUGGGAUUGCUUCCAAGCAUGUCUGCAGAGCAAAAUUUGGGGCCAGGAAGACGAUGGGGAAAGAACACUGGAGAGUUUCCCUUUAUAAAAAGAGGCAGGUUCAGACGCAAAAAACCAUUCACCGCCCAGGAAACAGCGCCUGAGAAAAAUGCAUCCACACAUCUUCUGUCUUAGGGGGGCACAAAAGGGACCUCAGGAGGCUUCGCGACUCGGCCGGUUCUCCGUGCCACCUCCGUGAGCUGUCUCCAGAUGGCCGACUGUCACAGCUAAUAUCUAGAGCCACGCCAGCCCCGGAGACCAUGAACUUGUCUUCUGAGCACUGCAACGUGUCAGACUGGCUGCGGCGAGAGGCAGCCGUGAAGGCCUCUGUGUACGUGGUCGCGUUCUCCUGUGCCACGUCCAUCACGGUCGUCAUCACCACAAUCGUGUGGCAGAGCCCGGAGCUGAGGAGGGAGGUCCGCUACCUCCUCCUCUGCCAUCACCUCCUGUGCAUCUCCUCCUACUGCGGCCUGGGCGUUGUCUUCCAGGGGAUGCGGGCCCUGCUGGCCAACAGCCCCCUGCUGCUGUGCUGGGUGGUGUUCGGGGCACAGCUGAGCGUUGGAGAAGGCAUCCUCUUCACUCUGGCCUUGAUGGCUCUCAACGCUUGCCUGGCCAUUUGCUGGCCGCUCACGUCCCUGUCCUUGGUGGAAUCGGUCAAGUGCAGGAUUCUAGCUGGCACCUGGGCAACCAUCAUCCUCAAGAACGCUUGCCUAUUCUUCAUGGAGGGCGCCAACUCCCCUGCGGGCGCCGUUUUGAAAUCCGAACCCUUUUGCCCUGUGAUCUUGAACGGCGUUGCUGCCAGAGCCGUGGGCAUGACCUUCCUCCUCGUCCCCUUGUCUGCCAUUCUCAUCAGUUACUCUCUGAUCUACCGCGAGGGGAAGCGGGCUGGCCAUUUCAACAGGGCCAACAUCAGAGCCAGGCGGCGGGUCCUCAUCCACCUGGUGCAGAUCAGUCUGCAUGUGAUUCCGACCCUGCUGUUCAUAGGUCUGGGAAAGAUGUGUGGGCUGUUUUACUUUGCGCUGAACCUGGUGCUUUUCAGUGUCUUUGCGUUUGCCCAGUGUUUUAACCCUCUGGUCUACGGGCUCCAGGAUACAGAACUGCAAAGCAGAUGGCAGGAGUGGUUGUACUGCCGGCCGGGCUGUGGGCGCGCGGUGAACAGCAGAGGGCCCGUUUAA